AUGAAUUAUAUCUCUGGCAUUUUUAAUCCCUCAAGCUUGGUUACGGCUCAAGGUGUUUUUGAUGGCAUGGCCGGACUUGCCAUGCUAUUUAGACCUGACUUGUUUGUUCCUGAAUUGGCAACUUUCAUGUCUGUUGUUGAUAAACCGGCAACUGUCGUAGCUUACAAGUAUUCUGGAG